UCAAUAGAGUGACCUCCGUACCAUGACAAGUUCUCUGGCUUAAGUGUUCUGUGGUGGUGGACAUUUCUCUAUUUUAUGUCUGUGCUGGUGAGCCUUUAGAGGUUAUUUUGGAAGUGCGUAAAGAUUUCUACUAGUUCCUAUUUCUCUAGAAUGGCUGCAAAGGUAUUAAAUUCAAACGGAAAACUUGUUUUCAGCACCGGUAACAUUCUUUCAAUAAAUGAUCUAAAGAAAAAACCUGCAGCAAAUCCCAAAGAAGAGCUAAUUGAUGUGAUAAAUUAUACUCUCAAAGAAUAUGUUGAAAAGGGAAACACGGUGGAUGGUCAAUUGAAUCACCCAAUACUUAUUUCAAGAGACAGUGACUUGUAUGCUAAAAUAGAAGAAAAUGGGGUGGAAGAUUUGAAGAUAGGCUUUAAAGUGUUUCUGAGCAGUGAUAAUGAAGCACUGUUAAAGGAUGCCAUUGAGAAUGCUCUUAAACAACAGCUUAAAGUUGAUCAAGUGGACAAUAUUAUCGUUGCAUUUAAUGGUAAGCAAUCUGAAGCAAAGAAAGAUUGCCUCAAUGAAAUUAAAUCAGUAUGGAAAUCUUUGGAAAAAUAUGUAGACAACCACGUCGUUAAGGAGCUUGGCAUUGCGGAUAUUGAUGAAUCUGCAUUCAGAGCUCUUUAUGAGUGGGCAGUAGUAAAGCCAAAAAUUAUUCAAAUCAAUCUUGCCACUUGUUGUAUUGUUCCUCCCACAUUACAGCAAUUCUGUAAAGACAACGACAUUAAACUGCUUACUCAUAGUGAUUCCAGUGAGAUCCUGUCUAGAUCUACAAUCCAGGAAAUUUUUAACAGGGCAAUGGACUUGGAGUGGGCUGUUCGUUUUACAAUUCACAUCAAGUGCCGAGGAGUGCUAACAACCAAGGGUUAUGUACUUUGUUUUAACCAAAUCAGUUAAUUUAAGCUCAGACAUCAAGCUGCAACAAUAUUGAAUGUAGAUUUUGAAAUUCAUCAAAACAUAAAUGCAAAAAAAAACUUGAUUUUAACAGGAGGCGGUUACGCUGGGGUGUAGGGAACAAACAUUGGUUGGAAUUAUGACUUGAGAUCAAAAUAGAAAUGGACAAUGAUUUUUGUGUUAUGCUAUCUGGCAGAUAACGAAAACUAACCCUGCAAUGGAACUAUAUAUAUAACGACUUUUUAUAUUUUUACUUCCCGGGUACUUAAACGACAUUUGCACAGUUUUUUUAACCAACUUUAAAGGGCUUUCAAGUUAUAUGAACAAUAGGACUUACAUUUUACUAAAAUAUUUUGCAUUAAGUUAGAAACAAUCUGUACACUGAAUUGUACAAUCCUAGGUGCUUGCUCCCUUCAAGUAUGGGCAUUUAAAACAUAGAUGGCUUUCUGGUGCUGAUAAUUUGGUAUAGAUGCGCCUCUUUUCCAUAACAAUAAUUGAGGAGUUUAUUUUAAAACUAGGAUAUGUAUAAAAUCAUCAAGUAAAUAUCUGUUACAAAACUGUGUCGUUUUGAACGUGGAUUUCAAACCUUCAUUAUCUAAAAAGUUUUAUGGCAGAAAUUUCGGUUAUAAAGACUAGUUGUUAUAAAGGUUGUUAUUUGAACACAUGACAAUAGCUAACCUUUCAGGCAAAGAAAGUUAAAAGUGCAAUAGAAUUUGGAUGUGGUGGUCAAAGAAAAUACCAAUAUAUUAAAUAGCAAAACUGUUGUAUUGCCAACAUCAGAGUAAACAAUCACAAAUUUCACAAAAUAUCAUUUAUAAAAUAAUCAAAAACACGUUGCCUGUUAAGUUUGACACAAUUAGCGACCGCUAAUCCUGCACAGUGUUUAUCAAAAUAGCGAUUUAUGUUAUUUUAUUGAAAAUGAUGAAAAAUUAGUACUCUUACGAGUUGUAUAAAAAAAGCAGUCUGUAAUAAUAAAAUGUUCAGGUUAAAACAUAAUUUAAUUGCCACCAUGGUAAGCAUUAGCUUGAAAAAAAAACUUAAAUUAUCAGAUAGGUACAUUAUAUUUUCCCAAACUUACAUACAAAUAAUUGUUUUAUUCAAAAUCACAUCAUGUCAUUUUUAACAACAAGGAAACAAAAAAUAUGUGUAUUAUAUUUGUAGUGGUGGGAUAAUA